CCCUUGCUUCCACCGCGGGGCUCAUCUGUGAGGGCAGAUCUGGUUCUGGUUCUCAUUCAAGCCUCUUCACACUCCCUCCACCGCCCCGCCGCUCCACUUAGCCAAGUUUUCCACCUCCACCUUCAGGUGUCUCAGGCCACCACUCUCUGGUCGAGGGAAGGUGCCUAUUUAGGGUCUUACGGGCUCCGACUGCCGGAGACCCCGAGAGCCCAAGAGGUGUUUUUUUGUUUGUUUGUAUGUUUGUUUUUGAAGCCCUGUUUCGCGGAAGGGUGCGUGGCGGGGAGGAUGAGAAACUUCGUUCUUCUGCUCUGCCUCUGGGGCGUCUAUUGUUGCUUUGCCGCGGGAGGCCCCGCACCCCUUGGUCCAGAGGGACCGCUGCAAGGUGAACUCCACAAAGGCAGGGAUGUACAGGCUGCUGCCAAACCCGGUGUAAGGUUCAACCUCCGCACCUCCGAGGACCCAGAGCAUGAAGGAUGCGACCUCCCUCUAGGCCACAACCAGCCCCUAGAAGACUGUGGCUUCAACAUGACAGCCAAAACCUUUUUCAUCAUUCAUGGAUGGACGAUGAGUGGCAUAUUUGAAAACUGGCUGUACAAACUUGUGUCGGCCCUGCAGACACGAGAGAAAGAAGCCAACGUCGUGGUGGUUGACUGGCUCCCCCUGGCUCACCAGCUCUACACAGACGCUGUCAAUAACACGAGGGUGGUGGGACAUAGCAUCGCGAGGAUGCUCAACUGGCUGCAGGAGAAGGAGGAUUUUUCUCUUGGGAAUGUUCACUUGAUCGGGUACAGCCUUGGAGCUCACGUGGCUGGGUACACUGGCAACUUCGUGAAAGGCACGGUGGGCAGAAUCACGGGUUUGGAUCCUGCUGGGCCCAUGUUUGAAGGGGUGGACAUUCACAGGAGGCUGUCUCCCGACGACGCAGACUUCGUGGACGUCCUCCACACCUUCACGCGUUCCUUCGGCUUGAGCAUCGGGAUUCAGAUGCCCGUGGGACACAUCGACAUUUACCCCAAUGGGGGUGACUACCAGCCGGGCUGUGGAUUCAACGAUAUCUUGGAGUCAAUUGCAUAUGGAACAAUCGCAGAGGUGAUGAAAUGUGAGCACGAGCGGGCUGUACACCUCUUUGUCGAUUCCCUGAUGAAUCAGGAUAAGCCGAGCUUUGCGUUCCAGUGCACCGACUCCAACCGCUUCAAAAAGGGCAUCUGUCUCAGCUGCCGGAACAACCGUUGUAAUAGCAUUGGCUACAACGCCAAGAAAACCAGGAAGAAGAGGAACAGCAAGAUGUACCUAAAAACCCGGGCGGGCAUGCCUUUCAGAGUGUAUCAUUAUCAGAUGAAAAUCCAUGUCUUCAGCUACAAGAGCAUAGCAGAAAUCGAGCCCACCUUUCAUGUUACCCUUUAUGGCACCAAUGCAGACUCCCAGAGUCUGCCUUUGGAAAUAGUGGAGCAGAUCGAGCUGAAUGCCACCAACACCUUCCUGGUCUACACUGAGGAGGAUUUGGGAGACCUUUUGAAGAUCAAACUCACCUGGGAGGGAGUAUCUCAGUCCUGGUAUAACCUGUGGAAGGAGCUUCGCAACUACCUGUCUCAAACCCGCAAGUCUGAGCAGGAACUAAAUAUCAGGCGCAUCCGGAUCAAGUCUGGGGAAACACAGCGGAAAUUUGCUUUGUGUGCGGAAGACCCUGAGCACACCAGCAUAUCCCCUGGCCAAGAGCUCUGGUUUCGCAAGUGUCUGGAUGGCUGGAGAAUGAAAAAUGAAACCAGGUCAAAUGUGGCGCUUCCCUGAGGGUGCCAGCAAGGCCCCCUGCCCUGUCUGCCAAGCACAUGGAGGAAAGUUACUGCUGAGGACCCACCUGAUGGAAAGACCCCUUUCAGCCUUGACCCUGAAGCACAGGGAAGUGCCUGCUUGCUGGGCCCAGGAUCUUGCUUCCUAUGACAAUUAGGACUUCUUACCAGAGGGGAUGAGCACUGCUGUUCCUGCUGUUUCUGCUGCUCCCUUAGCAUAGCUCUAAUGCCAGAUCUGUGUGCAAAUGGCCGAAUGCCCAGGCCUCUUUUACACACCGGGCUGGUUUCUAAGUGACUGGAUGAGCCUGUGCUUUGCCUGACAAGGAACACUGGCUCUGCAUGGAAGUGGCUCUUUGUGGAAGGCUGUCUGCUGCCUGGCCUGACUUGAGUCACAGUGGGAGGUCUUCCCUCUGGGAGCUGACUCAUGUCAGGAUGGCAGAUCUGUGACUUUGUUCACCUAGAGAGAGGAGAUGAGAUCUUAGUGGUGCUGAGACCCUUGCUGUUCGGGUUCAAUGGGCUGCAUCGAUCAGUAUCAGUUACUUGUUGAACAUUCUGUCCUGCUCCUUAACUCACUCUCUAAAGCACACGUCAUUGGGUUUCUUAUUUUUGUAUUGCUCAUUUUUUUGAUUGGGCAAAUGUUUCUUAAGCACUUAGCCUUAAUGGGGUUGGAAUUUGUAGACUCCCUUCCAGUUUAUAUGGUCCAUGAAUAUACAUGUGAUGAAGGCACAAAGGGCAUUGGGGGAGAGCUACAGGAUGUAAGAGUUGCGGACCCUGAGACUUUCAGUAGUUUCUACCUAUUUCUUCUUAGUUAUGACGUGCACUUCCCCUAAGAGUGACAUGUUUGAUCACCAACAGAGUAGCAAGCAGAGUAUCAUAUGUGCUGGCGACCAGGAUAGUGGCCAAUUGCUAGAUAUGAUUGAUUUGGAGCAAAGUCUCUUCGGUUCAUGAAGACAGAAGGUAUCACAUAUGUUAUAUGUAUCUGUUUAUACAAAGCAUCAUUUAUCAAACGGCUGGUGCUAAGAUUUAACAGUGUGUUUUCCUCCUUGGAAUACCUUGUUCUAAUACUAGCCCCUUUUCUGUGUUAAACUUCUUGCAAAAGCCUCCAAAUCUUCACUUGAAUUAAUAUACAUGAUCUCCCGAGAAGCCCUUUUUCACUUUCUGAAAGAUAUGCAUGAGUGUCACCUAAUUAGAGACUCACAACAGGAGGUGAGCUGGGCAGCUGUAAUGUUAUUAUCCCUAUUUUACAAAACUGAGGCUCAGUGAGGUUCAGCCACAUGACUAGAAUUAUAUACCAAGUUGGUAGUGGAGCCAGGUGAUGACCCAGAUUUCCUGGAGGCAAAGUAUGUGGUAUGUUGAUCUCUGUAACUUCAUUAAGACUUCUAUCGCUAUCUCAUCAACUUGACCCAGAUGUGACAAACGAGGAAUUUUUUUCAGAGCUAGCCAUAAAAACCUAAGCCCUUUUAUUAAUAUAUAACCAGGAGAACAACUGUGCCAAGGGGUUGGGCUUUUUAUGGCUGAGAUUUGUUUGGAAGGAGAGAUGAUGUCAGGUAGGGGGAAGAGUGGUUUUCUUUGUACUUAGUUUAUUAAAGGAUACUAUUUUAAUCUGUAUUGUGCCAAAGUUGUAUCAUUGUUCAAUGCCAAACUUCAGAAGACAUAAGCAAUGAAGUCUUAAGUCAAGGUAUUUUCUCAAUCCAAUUGUGUGCUUCUGUUGCUUGUGUGAUUGCAUUCUAACCAAAGCGGAGCUUGGAUCCUGGUUAUUUCCAUUUUAGCAAUGGAAGCCUUGGGAAUCGAAUCCUCAGUGGGUCCUGUAUUUAUACAUUUAGCUUGAAGACUUUUUUGUAUAUGAUGAUGCUUUUUGUAAUGCUACU